CAGAUGCACUGUAGUGUACCAUUUGUGACGUAAAAGAGUAGCCACAGUGGAAGAUGGCGGAGUACUUGGCGUCCAUUUUCGGUACAGAGAAAGACAAAGUAAAUUGUUCAUUCUACUUUAAAAUUGGGGCAUGUCGUCAUGGAGACAGAUGUUCUAGGUUGCACAAUAAGCCAACUUUCAGCCAGACCAUUGCCCUCUUGAACAUUUACCGUAACCCUCAAAACACUGCCCAGUCUGCUGAUGGCUUACGCUGUGCGGUUAGUGAUGUGGAAAUGCAAGAGCAUUAUGAUGAGUUCUUUGAGGAGGUGUUUACAGAGAUGGAAGAGAAAUAUGGUGAAGUUGAAGAGAUGAACGUUUGUGAUAAUCUUGGUGAUCAUUUGGUCGGAAAUGUGUAUGUGAAGUUCCGCCGAGAGGAGGAUGCUGAGAAAGCUGUGAUGGAUUUAAACAACCGAUGGUUCAACGGACAGCCUAUUCAUGCAGAGCUUUCGCCUGUGACAGACUUCAGGGAAGCCUGCUGUCGCCAAUAUGAAAUGGGAGAGUGCACCCGAGGUGGGUUUUGCAACUUUAUGCAUCUGAAGCCCAUUUCCAGGGAGCUACGUCGGGAACUGUAUGGCCGCCGUCGGAAAAGACAUCGGUCUCGCUCAAGGUCCCGUGAAAGGCGUUCGAGGUCCAGAGAUCGUGGUGAUCGAGGAGACCGUGGAGGCAGAGGUGGUCGUGAUCGUGAAAGACGGAGAUCUAGGGAUCGUGAGAGAUCUGGUCGAUUCUGAGAAGUCAGGAGUGUUUCUCCACCUAGAAUAUGUUGUCUUAGUUACCAAAAUGUUCAGUGUGUUGGAAUUGUAACUUCUUUUUUUUUUUCUUUUUUCUUUUUUUCUUUUUUUUUAAAAAAGCUUGCAUUCUCAAUAAAACAACUUUGUAGUGAUUCCA